UUGAACUGUUUUUUGUUUUUUGUUUCAAAAACUCUCUCUUGUUCUUUGUCAGAGCCAAACACAGUCUCUCUGUGUGUGUUUAAGCUUUGAGAAUUUUUGAAUAUGGAGGAGGAUAAGACAAUAAGUACGGUAGUUUCUGAGUCUAUAGUGGUUAACGAGAACAGUAACAACAACGAUGAUGAUGAUAACAAUGCACUGGUGGAAAGGGUGGCGGGUGAGGAGGCGGAGGUGGAGGAGGCAGAGACAGAGUUGGGUGGUGGAGACGACGGAGCUGUGGUGGUGGGGGACACGGGACCAGAAGAGUUGACGGGGUUGGAACUGGUGGCGGUGAAGAAGAACAAUACGAGAGGACCGCCAAGAAAGUAUGACGUGGAUGGUGGUGGGGACGACAUGGUGGUGGGACCAGUUUUACUGCCACCUGGCUCUUCGUCUGAAAGCGCAACCAAACGCCGCCGAGGAAGGCCUCGUGGUUCUGGUAAACUCCAGCUCAUCGCUUCUCUCGGUGGGUCUGCUGCAGACACUGCUGGAGCAAGCUUUACCCCUCAUGUGGUGAAUGUACAGACCAAUGAGGAUAUUGUUAGUAAGAUAGCAUCAUUUUCUCAAAGGGGUCCUCGAUCAGUUUGUAUUCUUUCUGCUACUGGUAUUGUCUCCAGAGUUACAAUUAGCCAACCUGGUAAUUCUGGUGGCAUUUUGAGAUAUGAGGGUCGCUUUGAGAUUUUAUCUUUAUCUGGAUCAUAUACAUUUGUUGAAAAGGGUGGUGCAAAUCGCAAACUUGGCAUGCUAAGUGUUUCCCUGGCUAAACCCGACGGCCGGGUUUUUGGUGGUGGCAUUGCAGGAGCACUGAUUGCAGCUGGACCUAUUCAACUCAUUGUUGGCAGUUUUAAGCAGAAACUCAAUAAGAAACUCAGAAGGAGGCGCUCCAUUGAGUCCUCCUCAUCUGCCAUUAUUCCUUCUCCUUCUGAUUUGGUAAGAGUUCCCAUACAUAUGGCUAAGUUGACUGAUGGUGAUGAUAGUUGCACUACACCGACAUCUUCACUCAUGGAUCCAGUUCAAGGAGGAGCAGUUGGCGUUCUUGUUGUGAGGCAAAACAUGAACCCUGCUUCUCUACAUAGUGUUAGUCCAGACACCUUUCAGCCAAUGUCAGACCAAAUUACAUCCCCUGAUGUCGAUGCCAGUAUCCCUUAGAUAUAAAGGUGUUAUUGUAGUGGAUUGUAGAUGCUGAAUUGCUGACUGGAGAAGUAGAAAGAAGUUUGCUUACUUUGCAUUGGCGGCAGUUUAAGAAGUUUACUAGUAACCAGAUAUCUGGGAUUUCUUGCUUUUGUAGUUUUUAGCAUGAGUGUCAUGUUUACUUCCUAGCGUAAAUCUGACCAAGGUUAUCAUACACAGCAACAGGUUUUUGUGGAAAUUGUUUCCUGAAGUUGCAACUUGCAAGAUGUUUGUAGUUUGAGAGUAGACAGUGGUGGAGACAUUUGUCAUCAAUGGGGCUACAUUCCUUACUCAAAUUCAAAAAAUUUGGAUUUAUGUGGCCAUAUUAAAAGAUUUUGUAGCUUUUGUUUUGGCAAAUAACGCCUAGAAAAGUUGGGAUGUUAAUUAUGAAA